AUGGCCUUGAAACCCGAGGACCCUAGUGGUAGGUUCCAGCAUGGCAAGGUGGUGGCCUUCAUCAACGAGAAGAUGGCCAGGCACUCAAAAGGCCCUGAGUUCUACCUCGAGAAUACAUCCCUGUCCUGGGAGGAGGUGGAGGCCAAGUUCCUGGAGGACACUGAGGUGUCCAGCGAGGCCAAAGAGGCCUGUGCCCAGGGCAGCCUGGCCCUGGGCAUGCGCUUUGCCCACAGGCAACCGUUAAAUGAGCGCAGAGUGCAGUGCCUGCAUGAUUUUGCAAGACUGCUAAAGUCAGCUGCGUAGACCUUGGCCUCAGACCUAAAGUUGCUCACAGCGCAGCGGGAGGUGGAGCGUAAGGAGGCGGCCGCCCAGCUGUGGCUGGCCCAGGCCAGCCUGGCAGAGAUGCGGAAAGAGCAGGACCCACUGAGGUGAAAGCUCCUUCACGUCUCAAUUCUGCCUAUUUCUCUCCAGGAGCGGGUCGCAGAAGGGCCAGGCCUGGCCACUGCUACUGGGGCUGGCACAGGAGCAGGUGAGGUGGAAGAGAAGGCGGAAGCCACAGCUACUAGUGCUUCUGCUUCUGGCGCCACAGGAGGAGGAGGAGGAGGAAGACAGGAGGAUCCAGAGGAUACAGACGAUGCAGAGGGGGCUGUCCAGUAUACUGUAGGAUGUUUGGCAGAAUCUCUGGCCUCCAUCCACUAG